AUGGUCGCAUGUGACAACAAAGCGGUUCGAUUUGUUUCUAUGCUACAAGUAGUCUGCAUUGAUUUCCCUUUCUUCCAGUGCCCCUACCAGUGGUUCCAUUAUCCAUGUGUCAAUAUCACAUCAACUCCGAAGGGCCGAUGGUACUGCCCUCAUUGCACUGAGGAACGAAAACGCAUUGAGGGUGUGGAUCUCAGCACCGGCACAGUACCAGCAACCGCCGUUCUCUAG